AUGGUCGAUGAGCAUUCUGAUCCGUGCUUCUCGUGUAAACUAUGUACGAAGGAGGCAACCCACAAUUUAUGUAUAGCAAAUUGCAUUGGAUGUCAAAAUGUGUUCUGCUUCGAACAUUUAAUUCAACAUAGGAAUCAAUCGACCAACGAACUCGAACAAUUGAUCCAACGGCAUACUGAUCUGAACGAAAACUCUAUGAAGAAAAUAGACAUCAGUCAACAUUUCGAACAUAUCGACCGAUGGGAAAGUCAAACAAUCGAUUUGAUACAUGAACAUAGAAACUACGUCAAGGAAACGAUCUUAAAUAUAUUCCAAACGUAUAAAUCGGAAUUAGAUAAGUGCAAUACAAUGCUCGGACAAGAACUUGAUAAUCAACGCAAUGUGAAAGUAUGCAUUGAAGAAAGUCUCAAUGAUCUAUCCCGACGAGUUGAUCAAUUAGAUAAAGAAAUUCAACGAAUGAAUAAAGUUAUCACCCAAAUGUGCAAUAGCGAACUAAACCAAAUAGUAAACAAAAUCACUCUGUCGCCAAGUACUCUGGGAAAGCCGGUGCAAUGGAAUUAUUUUCGCGAGAUAAAACUUGAUUCGACAUAUGGUUACAUGGCUGCAAAUAACUAUCAGGUAUUUCUCGGCUGGAAAAAUCGUAUUGCAGUCUAUAAUCUUAAUGGUACAAAGCAUGACGAAACACGUUUACAUUCGACAGAAGUCUAUGGGGAACUAUGCGAUCUCAUUUGGUCGUCAACUAUGCAACGAUUUUUCAUUCUAUGUCACAAGUCAUUAUUUGUACAUCAUCCAGCGAGUAGUGAGAUCGAAAUUCAGGAAGAGAUUUCACUAAUCAAUCAAGAUAACGAAUACAUUUCCAUAACAACAUUCGAUAACAACCUCGUUAUAUUAAACAAACAAUGUCUAGAAAUCUGGCAAUUUGCAAACGAUGCAUUUCAUUUAGUUUCAUCUGUUCCCAUAUCAGAUAUUCUGCAAAAACCCCUUGAAGAAAAUAUCUCUAGUAUACGUACGAAUGAUCAAUAUCUAGCUGUGUUAAUACAAAACCAUUCAACCCAUACAUGGCGUUUAGAUUUGUUUCAUUUCCGACCCUUUUCCCGUGUUUAUGCAAGUACACCUCUUGAUCGUUUUCGAGAAUGUAAUCUUGGUUGCUUCACUCCAUACGAUGCUAAAACAUACCUUUUUAUGAAUUGGGAAACGAAAUCUAUGUAUUUAGUUGAUCCUAAUGGUCUGAAUGAAUUGAUUGAUUAUAAUGCAUACAAUGCUUGUUUAGUUGGUACCCAACGGAUGAUGACUACGACGAAGAAUAAUAAACGAGUGACUCAUCUAGUCGUCGACUCCAGCGCAUUCAUUCGACAAGCACCAUUACACAAUCUAACCGAUACAGUUUAUACUGUGCAAGAUGUAGUCAGGGAAAUACGGGAUGUGAAAACGCGUGAAUCACUCGCUGUUGUUCUUUAUGCGCUCAAAUUCAAAGAACCGAGUACGGAAGCGAUUCGUGUUGUGACAAAUUUUGCGAAAAAAACCGGUGAUUACGCAUUCUUAUCAGCAGUUGAUCUUCGACUGUUAGCAUUGACCUAUCAACUCUAUCAGGAAAACGUUGGAACGGAGAAUCUGAAUUUAGAACCAAAGAUAAAUGCGACAAUACCAAGCUCUACAACAUCCUUUGGAGAUCCUGGAAUCAAACUAGCAGGUUUUGUUUUCCCGAAACAUGAAGAAACUGGUGAUCAGGAACCAGUGAAUUCAACAACAGAGAGUCCAGUUGAAAAUCAACAAGAAAUAGUAGAAAAUGAAAAUGUUGAUUGUGAAGAAGAACACGAAGAAGAAGAUAAUGAAAACGAAGAUGUCCAAUCAUUUGUCACUGCACAAGACAACGACCACGAUCAACUACUUGAGUCGGUCAAUGAUUUGCAUCUCGGUCAUGAUAAUGAUGGUUGGAUAACUCCUUCGAAUAUUAGAACUGUGAAAUCAAAAGCUCUAGACAAUGGAGUGACUGAUAAUGAAAGUGUACAUGAAAGUCUGCCUGUUGCUUGUAUCACCACUGAUUUUUCUAUGCAGAAUGUUCUCAUUCAAAUGGGUAUUCCUGUUCUCUCCGUCGAUGGUCUUCUCAUACGAAUAGCUCGCAGUUACGUAUUGAAAUGUCGUGUAUGCCCUGGUGUUACUCGUCAGAUGAACAAACAGUUCUGUCCUGAAUGCGGUAAUCCAUCCUUACAACGAGCUGGUGUUACAGUUGAUCCAUCAGGUCAACGCCAUUACCAUUUGACUGGUCGAUAUCGACCGCAACCUCGUCAAACGUUGCCAUUACCUCGUGGCGGCAAACACGCGAACAAUCCAAUACGUGUCGAAGGUCAACCACGCCCACAGAAUCGUCCAACAAAAAAAUCUCUUCAGAAACGCAAUGUUCUCGAUGAUGAUUAUCUCGCUGAUUCGUCACCAUUUGCUGUUCAUGAUAUUUACAGUCGAGCAGCAACACUUGAAAGGCAAAGUGAAAAAAUGUAUAAUUCUGACCAGUCCGAGACGUUGGAGUCCAGUCCGACACCUUUAACACGUGAUUUUAUCGGUCUAUGCAUUGGUAUCCUCUCUGUCGUGAUCGUUAUUCUUAUUGUAGCAAUAUGCAAAUGGUCCCGUUGUCGAUGUAUGAAGCGUUUCGACGACACUGAUGAUAAUCAUGGGGUCUUUUCAUCUAUUCUCCAACAUAAUGCGUCGACGCCACAUGGAAAUGCGAGACGACAGUAUAACUAUAAUCAUCAUCAACAAGAUCAACAUUUAUCAUCUUGUGAUCAUCGUCCUGACAAUAUCUAUCGACAUAUAAGCAACUCUAGAGUUGAUACGAUUUCACCAGUUCAAGCAACGAAUAACAAUGGAUAUCGUCUCAAUGAUGUGAAAGUACCUCGAGUUACAAUCACAACGUUACCAGUACAACCAACGCAACAACUCGUUCCUCGCCUUUCGAUUAGUCCACAAGUGUCCGGCUCAUCGAUUACACGUAGCAGUUAUUCACUGAAACAGUAA